AUGCACGGGGUCGCCGAACCCAUCACACGUUGCCUGGGCAAAAGACGCGCCUUACCGCCAGCCCUCUGCAACGUGCUGUCCUUUACCCCCACUUAA